AUGUCAAAAUGUCACAAUAUACCAAUAAAACUUAUUUUAACUGGAGAACUUGUUUCUCACUUACAUUAUGGUGUAAAUACGCGAAAAUGGUGGGAAAAACAAACUAUAGAAAAUACUUUAGAAGUAAAUUUUUUAGUUCCUAUUCGCGUGAAAAUGAAAACUCAGGUAGAACUCAAUAAUAGAGUCUUUACAAUACAAGUAACUGAAGAGUUUGGAAGCCCUGGUUAUGUUUGUCAAAGUGAACAACUCAGCAGUAAUAUUGAAAACUCACCAUCCCAAGCAAUAUGUAAAUUAUAUCAAAAAAUAUUCAAAAAUUCCACGCGUUAUUCUGGAAACUUAGUAUUUGGCUUGAAAAAUAAAGAUAUUACAGAUCAGUUACUUAUGAACAUUCCUUUUCGUCCAUUUACAAUUCAAAUUGAUAAAUUUUCAAUUAUAAUAUAUGGGCUGGGUGUAUCUACAAACGAGAAUUAUUUAGGAGCAGGUCCAGGCUAUAUGUUCUCAUUUAUUCAUAAGUAUUCUCAAAAACGAUGUGUGUUUGUUCAAAAAAUAAGAGAAAAUGAUUGUAUUAUUCAAAUAUGGCAUGAAAAUGUCAAAUUAUUCGAAUAUGUAGGUAAUACAUCUGUAGAACAAUUUCGAGUACCAACCUGCAAGCCCAAUCAAUGGAAUAAUAAAAGCGUUAUGAUAUCAUUAUAUGAUUACCAUCUUAAAAGAAGAACUAUAAAGGCGGCAGAUUUGUUACAAUUUUUUAUUAAUUGGUCAACUGGUUGUACAGAUAUCACACCUUUUGGUAAUGAUAUAUCUCCUUACAAAUUUUGGACAAAAUCUGUAGAUCCUGCAGUUGAUCAAGCAUGUCUAAAAGAUCUUUAUCAAUCUGGAUUUUUGAGUCCGCAUCCAUUAAAUGUUAAACAUUCAGCAAAGACAUUUUGGAAUUAUUUUGCUGAAAAAAGAAAACCUAAACGCAUGAAAAUGGAUCAAAUAAAAGAAUCAUUGAUAGCCAAAGAUAUUGAAUUUGAUUCUAACAGUAAUAAAUCGAUGUUAGUAUCACUUUUAGAAAAACAAUUGAUGACUGAAAUGAUGUCAGAAUAUGAUCUAAUAUUUGCAUUAUACAUUCAUUAUAUCAAGACAUUGAAACAUCUACAUCCAAAAAAAUUGUCAGUAAUGAAAAUAUACAAGUGGACAUUAACUUCACGUAAUGCUAAUAGAAGUGACUGUUAUUCUGCAAGUGACAUGUUAAACGAGCUGAAUAAUAUGGCAAACAAAGGUGAAUUGGAGUUUGAAACAAUACCAAGACUUGAAACUAUCCAAAAUUGGAUCACCAGAUAUUCUGCAGCAUGCAAACGUGAAAUGGCUGAUAUUGUUUUGCAGCGUGAAGAGCAAAGCCAUUAUGAUUAUUGGAAACGCGAACAAUGGGGAAGCUUGCAUACUAUUCUUAAUGCAUUUCUACCAAAAAGCAAGGAACAUUACAAGGCAGAAGAUUUGAAAAAGUCUUUAGCGGGCUGUAAAAAAGACAUGGUGAACGUUGAGUUAUGGAAAGAAUACUCUGUAACACUCGGAAAUUUGGCUUAUGAAAUUCUAACUACUGGAAUACGUGCAGUAACCGGGGUGGUGGUAACCGAAUUCCCAAAGAAAAAAUCUUUGAAGCGAAAAACGUAUGAGCCUGAAGAAUCUGACGAAUCUGAUGAGAAAUCUGACGAGUUUGAAGAGUCUUAUGAGCCUAAACGAAGCAAAAGAAGAAAGAAUAAAACGGAUGAUAAACUCCCGAAAGAUAUCAAAAAAUGGUCUCCGGAUUAUGUUAAGAAAUUUCUCGAGUUUAGAAUGAAGGAUUUAGAUUUUAACGAAACCGAUGUCAAGAAAAUUCGCGAUCAAAAUCUUACUGGCAGAGCGUUUCUCCGAUUAACUGAAGACAAAUUAACUCGUAAGCCUGGUCUCUAUGAAUUAAAACCAAGUCUAGCAGAAUCAAUUAUGGAAUUAGUGGAAGAACUUAAUAAAAAAUUAG